AUGGAGGUGUUGGUAUUUAGAAGUGAACAAGGUAUUGACAAAAGUGGGAUACAAAUAAUGAAACGUGGUAAGACCAAGAUUCCUGUGUACUCAAAGGGCUCACCCGCUCUGAGAGAAUAUAAGGACCUUCUAAAGAAAAUCAAGCAGACACCUAUGGAUCCUGACGCUAGAAUUACAAGUGAAGAAUCAAUCUAUGAGGACACUAGAGAAGAGCCGCAAUUUGAUGACAGUGAUGAGGAAUACGCUGACCGUGAGAACAUUGAGUUAAUAGACAUAAGUGCAAAAUUAGGAGACCUUCAAGGGUUAACAAUGCAAGAAAACAAUGAACUGAGAGGUGUUCUUAACCCACCUGGUGGAUCAAGUAUAGAAGGCAGAACAGGUCCCAAUGGAGCGUUACAAAUUCAAGCGGACUACUUUAAUGAAGCUAUUGGUGAAACCGUGGAACGCGCCACCUCAGUGAAAGGUACAACUGAGUACAAUUCCCUCCUAGAAAGAAUUGAUAGUCUAAAGGAAGCUAGAGAUAGGACACUAGAGCAGAGAACAGUAGAGGAAGCAAGAGAGGCACAGUUGGAAGACAUUUCCAGAUUACGCAAGUUUGUGAAAUGGUUAGGGGAGGAAAAGCAAUAUCAACAGCAGGUCUAA